AGCACGGUAACGGCACGCGCUCAGUGUCUAUCUGUGUCUCCGAACCAGACAGAGAAACUUGAAACGCCUCAGUCUGCUUCGAAGCUUACUACAGAAGACUGCCAUGGGAUGUAUUCCAAUGGUAAGCAGCUAUAGCAUGAUGCUCCGUCCAGAACACUUUAAUUUCCAGCAGCAGCAUGUCAUCAGUUUACCAGGAUUCGUCUGCGUCUUCUGUAAUUCUUGAGAUGCCUACCUAUCUUUUCUGUUCAAAGUCCGGAGACAAGCUUGGCUUCUCGCAAGUGAUAAAGAAGCCAAAGUUCAUCCACGUGGAAGGCAUACGUAUGAACCAGACUUUGCCGCAGGACAACAUUGUGUUCGCCCUCAACUUCGAACCCAAGGAAAGCGAUAUCAUCAUCGACUCGUAUCCUGGUUGCGGUAGCAGCUGGGUCGUGCAGAUCGUCUACCUGCUGCUCAACAACGCCCACCUGGGUAAAAUAUCGGAGUCCCUCACCAGAGAAGUGUGCUACCUUGAGGCCGAAGGUGAAGCGGUCGACACGUACAGAACUCCUCGAAUCAUCAAGACGCAUCUUCCAUUCAACGGAAUCGCUUACACAACCGCGGCGAAGUACAUCUACAUCGCGCGCAACGUCAAGGACUGUUGCGUCUCCAUUUACCACAUUAUGAAAACAUUCCCCGAAGACUACCAGUUCCAGACAGGAACCUUCGCGGACCUCUUCGAGUGUUUCAUCAGGGGCGAGAUGGAAUACAACGACUAUUUCGACCACCUGCUACCCUGGUGGAGUUACAGGAACGAGCCCAACAUACUAUUUCUAGUGUACGAGACGAUGAAGAAAGAGCCGAAGGAGCACGUUCAGGUCAUAGCAAAGUUUUUGGGAGGCGUCGCGCAAGAUCUCGUCCAGGAGCAGUCCAAGCUGCAGUCUGUGCUUCGCAUGUCCAAUAUUCUCUUCAUGAAGCUCAAGACGAAGGACUACGCCACGGUAAUGCCGAGAAGGAAGUUCUUCGUGCGAGAAGGGGUCAUCGGACAGUGGAAGGGUUUUUUCACCGGCGAGCAGUCAAGAAGAAUUGACAACAAGUUCUUCCAGAAGACAACCGAAACGCCGCUGAAGCUCCUGUGGAAAGGCAUGGGUGUUUUCGAUUGAUGUCCGGGAUGCUCGGAAAGGCUAUCUGUACCUGUUGAACACCUAAACUAACACCGAUGUACCUGUAGAGGAGGUAAUAUAAACGAUAAUUAAACAAUAACAAUA